GGGUACCCGCUCCGCCUGGGUACGCUCGCCCAGGCCCGGGAGGGACGCGGCUGGCGCCGCUGCGGCCGCGGGGGGCGGGGAGGCGGCCACGAGGAGGCGGAGCUGCGAGGCCGCCCGUCGCCGGGCCGCCGCCGCGGUGCCCGCUCCUCCCCGCGCCGCCGCGCCGCGCCCCGCCCGGCCGCCUCGCCUCCUCCGCGGCGGGCCUCCCUCCGCAGCUGCGCGGCCGCGGACACCCAGGCAGGCGCGAGCCAUGGAGGGCAACCGCGACGAGGCGGAGAAAUGCGUGCAGAUCGCUCGCGAGGCCCUGAGCGCCGGCAACCGCGACAAGGCCCAGCGCUUCCUGCAGAAGGCCGAGAAGCUGUACCCGCUGCCGGCCGCGCGCGCAUUACUGGAAAUAAUUAUGAAGAAUGGAAGCACGGCUGGAAAUAGCACACAUUGCCGAAAACCCCCGAGUAGUGCGGAGCAGAGCAAGCCUAGCUGCGCGAAGGACGGCACCCCCGGCAGUGGCGAAGGCGGAAAAGUCUACACCAAAGACCAAGUAGAAGGAGUUCUCAGCAUUAACAAAUGUAAAAAUUACUAUGAAGUCCUCGGAGUUACAAAAGAUGCUGGUGAUGAAGAUUUGAAAAAAGCUUAUAGGAAGCUUGCUUUGAAGUUUCAUCCAGACAAGAACCAUGCCCCUGGAGCCACGGACGCUUUCAAAAAGAUUGGAAAUGCUUAUGCCGUAUUAAGCAAUCCAGAGAAACGAAAACAGUAUGACCUCACAGGCAGUGAAGAAAAUGCCUGUAAUCACCAGAACAAUGGCAGGUUCAAUUUCCACCGAGGCUGUGAAGCCGACAUCACUCCAGAAGACCUGUUCAAUAUCUUUUUUGGCGGUGGAUUUCCUUCAGGUAGUGUACAUUCAUUUUCAAACGGCCGGGCUGCUUACAGCCAUCAACAUCAGCACCGACACAGUGGGCACGAAAGAGAAGAAGAAAGAGCAGAUGGAGGUUUUUCUGUGUUUAUCCAGCUGAUGCCCAUUAUUGUAUUGAUCCUCGUAUCGUUGUUAAGCCAAUUGAUGGUCUCGAAUCCUCCUUAUUCCUUAUAUCCCCGAUCUGGAUCAGGACAAACUAUUAAAAUGCAGACAGAAAACUUGGGCGUUGUUUAUUACGUCAGUAAGGACUUUAAAAGCGAGUAUAAAGGAUCGCUAUUACAAAAGGUAGAAAAGAGUGUGGAAGAGGACUAUGUGACUAAUAUCCGAAAUAACUGCUGGAAAGAAAGACAGCAGAAAACAGAUAUGCAGUAUGCAGCAAAAGUGUAUCGCGAUGAGCGGCUGCGGAGGAAGGCAGAUGCCCUGAGCAUGGACAACUGCAAAGAGCUGGAGCGGCUGACCAGCCUCUACAAGGGGGGAUAGGCCGGGAGUCCUGCCUACUUCCUUCAGUGUACUCUGUCUUUUCUGUACAUUUCAUUUCGCCAUGAAGCUGAAGAAGAUUUGAUUAAAGACUAAGCUGAGUAGCUGAUUCCUGAAAUCUUGGACUGUUAAUGAUCUACUGGCUCAUUUCAAUAGUAAGAACUGAAAACUAAAUAUUUUAGUAUGCUUCUGCAUUUACUUUCACUUUAAAAUCUUAUAUGAUUCCUUACAAUAUCUGGAGAAGAUUAUCACACCUGUAGCAAUUGCCAGUUUCUGUGAUUCUCCAUUAUUCCUUUGCCAUGUAAAUAGUUUUAGAAUGAUUUUGUGUAUAUAUGAGCGCUUGUCUUUUAUUUAAAUUAUUUUAGUGUUUAGCUCCAUGAGACACUUUGUUCAGGCUGAUGGAAUGAAUGUCUGUAACACAAUCACAUUUCCAUUAGGUGUUUGGGUGUGUGGAGUUUAAACAGUGAAGAUUUUUCAAAAAAAAAAUUAAAACUUUAUGUAAAGUCUUAUAUCAAUGUAGGAGGAAUUGACAUUUUUAAUAUUGUUCUUAUAUUCCAGAAUAUGUAAUGAGAUAAAUGAACAGGUGUAUACUAUCAGUAUGCUCUUUAGUUUUAUGAAUUGCUAAGCCAUACAUAGGAACGAAAUGCUAUAGGAUAGAUUUAAAGAAAAUAUGAUGAUAACAUUAUGCUAAAUGAGUUUUCAAUGGUAAGCUGCAGUUAUGCCACUCACAAUUCCAGGAAUUAAAAGUUAGCCCCAAAUGUUCGUUUAUGUGUCCUUCGAGGCUACUGAGGCUUAUGAAGCAAAAGAUGGACCUUAUUCCCAUGGAAAUUCAGUUUCAUGGAGAUAACUACAGCAGGACCCCAAAGCAAACGGAUUCUUCUACAAAUAAGUAGUAAGAACAAAAUGACCACUACACCCAGCUUUGUGCCUUUCCACCUGUGGCUGGCUUACCUGGCAGCGUGGUCUGUUGGGACACAGCAGUCCUGAGCGGAGAUAGAGCAGCAGCUAGAGCAGUGACUGAUGGACAGCAAGUCAUGAGAGCACGACUCCACCAACCAGGCCACUCAUCAGCUCUUUACAAUAAGCUCCUUGUAACUAAAUCUGUAAUCGACAGUGGGCAGACACAGCGGGGACUUGAAGUCUUGGUGCUUCUUGGGUUUGGCAUGGCUUCUGGUCUUGUGUAUUUAACAGUAGUGAGGGCCUAAUGGCUCUGCUUCGCACAGGUCAAGAAUUACAAACACAUUUUGAUAGUUGUCCCCCACCAUCCCUUGCUCAAGAGUGAAAAUGUCAGGCAGAUUGGCUUUGUGCUUUUGCUUAGGGAGUUCUUCCUAAAUAUUGUUGACUUCUGUCCGCUGUUGAACUGUUUAAAUCAGUCUCUUGUACUUUGCUAUGAGAUUCUUCAGUGGAAACACCUGACCAUAAUAGUGGGUUAAAUUGCACACUUUGUCUUAGGAGUCUGGGCAACUCAACCAACCUUCUAGAAAUAUGCCCUUUAUAGGAGAGCUAUGAAGAAAAGUAGAGGCUUGUUUUACGGUUCUUGCAUAAUGCAUUUAAUGUGAAACUACUAAAAUGCUGUGUAUCUAGUCAUCUUUAAUACAGACCUUUUCCUCACAAUCUACAUAUUUUUGUUACUCUAAAAAUGGAAUCUGAGGAAUAACUUCAGAAGACCACGCCCCACAGCAGCCGCGUCUAUCUCUCCAGCCUGUGUCUGGCAGUUUUGACUGCCUCUGGUGCAGGCUGGCCUGCAGGCGCUCACAGAGGCCGGGCCUUGACAGAGAAAUCGCUGCUCUUUGCUGGGAAUAAACCUGGGGCUGAGUUUAGUGCCAUGCUCACAAUUCCAGGGCACUCUCGGCCUGUUCUUCGAGCCGUCUGAGUUCUUUCCUGCUUCCUUCAGCAAAUGCCCUGUCUGACCAUUAGUCUGAAUUAGUGCUUCGUCCAUGUGGAUGGUUUUCCAAGGUUGCAUACCUCACACACAGCUGUUCAUAUCUUUCAUUAGAAUCUACUUCAGCUGUCACUUCAGCAUUCACUGUGAAGACUUCUGAAUUCCAUUGAAUUAUUCUUUUAGUUUCUUUGCAUCUUCGUCACCUGCUGAUCUUGUUCUCUGGUACAAGAUGAUGAAGCUUAAAACUGCCUCUGGUCCCUGAGGAGGCUGCCAUGCUGCUUUUGUGAUUUUUUUUUUUUCUGUGUUUCCUUGUUGAGUCUUUUUUUUUAAAGUUUGAGUCAGGGUCUAUGUAGCCCUGGCUGGCUGAAACUCUAACUGUAGAUCAGGCUGGCCUGGAACUCACAGGACUGGCCUGUGCUCCACCACCCCAUCCCCCGCCCCUAUGCUAGGAUUAAUGGCAUGGGCUCCCACACCUGGUAAUAAAAGGUAUUUUCAAUCAGAGAAGUACAUGGUUUUCCAUUUGCCAUUAAGAUCAUGGAUCUCAUGUUUAGCAUACCCAUUGAAAUAUCCAUUUCAAACUCUCUUGUUUUUAAAACUCUCUGGCAACUAAAUUGUUACAUUUCUUGUUCAUGUAGGUCCAUUGCUCUUAUUUUUUAAGUCCAGAGCACUUUUUUAGGUCUUCAUUUUUCUACUUUAGAUUUAAAGAAUGACACCUUGUCCACAUUGUUUCAACUCAGUAACUUUCCUUAGUUGUUCCUUUCCAUCUCCAGCCGGCACUGAUCAUCUCAGUCUCUUCAGCUUUCCCCCAUCGCUCUUUUAGCAUAGCCUUUAACUCGGAACAUUCAACCUCAAGCUUUUGGGAUUCAGCUCUCAGUCAUUCCUGCGAUUCUGCAACUGUUUGAAAUGGUUUUAUUUUGAUUAUUUUUACUUUUCUGGUGUGUGUGUAAACUAGAAUGUGUGUGAUUACGUGUGUGUGAGCGAAUGUCUAUAAGUGAGUGUAUGUGAGUGUGUACAUGUGUGUGAGUUGAAUGUGUGUGAGCAAGUGUUUUCCUGUGUGUGCGUGUAUGUGUGUGUAUGUGCUACGGUGUGCCACGGUGCACAUGUAGAGUUCAGAGAACAACCUACAGGAGCUAGUUCCCUUUCUAUAUCUUUUUAAAUCUUGUGGAUUAUGUUCAAGUUGUUAGACUUGUGCAGGAAGGUGUUUUUUUUGUUUGUUUGUUUGUUUGUUUUGUUUUGUUUUGUUUUACCACUGAGCCAUCUCACCAGCUCCAGAUUCUUUUAUAGCUUUUAAUUUCAUAGAUGGUGUCCUCAAAGAGACUUCCCCUCUUCACUAUGUAGAUACAGCUCUUUCUCCCUGGUAACUAUGUGUAAUUUUUUCAUUUUCUCUUUCCUGCUUUUUAUGCAUCAAUUAUACAAUGGGUUUCAUAUGACACUUUCAUACACACAUAUAAUACAUUUCAUCAUCUUCACCCCUACAAACCUCUCGUUUCCCUCCUACUCCAAUGAUCUUCUUCCUCUUCCCAGAUCGUCCCUCUUCUCAAGUCUUGUUGCUGUUGUUGAUGCUGAUGUUGCUGACUUUGAUGUUGCUGUUGUUGCUGAUGAUCCAAAGAGUUUUCAUUAUGGUUGCAUGGAUGGGUGAGGGUUAUUUACAAGAACAUAGACACCAGUGCCUGCAACCCUAAAGAAAAGUGUGUGUCCCUCCUUCAUCAACCACUAACUGCCCUAGAUCCUCAGGGAGGCUUAGGGCCUCAUGAGCCCUUUCCUCCUCAAGGGCAGGAUGUAGACAGGCCCUGUCUUACAGAGACCUUGUGCAGAAUCACAAUGUGUGAUGACUAUGUCAUGGCCAGAAGACAGUAUUCCACUAUCCUUCACCCCUUCUUGCAUUAUUCUCACCUCAUUCUGUAGCUUUUUUGAGCCUCAGAGUGGGUAGUGUUUGAUGUUCCACUUAGGCUGAACACUCAAUCGUCUCAUGACUAUGGCCAGUGUGAGCUCCACAGCUGCUUCUGCCCACUACAUAAAGAAGUUUCUCUGACAAAAGCUGGCUCUAGCACUCACCUAUGGACCCGAAAUACAACAGGCAGUUUGUUGUCUUUUUAUUUUAAUGGAAAUUCCCUGACGUUUUAAAGCUGUGUCUUCAGUGUGGUCUGUGGUCCUCAUGGUUUUACAUUUGAUAGUCCUGACACACACUGGUCUUAUUUUCCACUCUUUUUCUUCAAGUAGUGCACUGUGCCUAUUUUUAAUUUCUAUUUGUCUUUCACUGAAUUAAAAAUACAGAAGCUUCAUGACUUUUGGUGUCAUCAUUGCACAGGGGCUGUGCUAAUCUCUACCCUGUUCUGCUGUUAGUACAUGUCCUGCAAAAGUGAGCACAUGCCACAGAAUUUAAAAUGCUUUCUUAAGCCUGUAGAAUAAGUCACUUAAACAUGUAGCAUUCUAAUUAACCUUGAAAGCUCAUAUCUAUCAGAAAAUUUGUAGAAAUUUGAAAGUUUUUAAUGUAUUUUUCCAGUUUUAGUGGGAAAUUUACACUAGUGUGAUUGAUAUUUACAGGAACCAAACCUUCUUAAAUCCCACGUCUAAAGGGAUAGAGAGGCUAGGUCAGGUUAUUAGAUUGAGAGAAAUUAACACAGCAUGAAGUCAUACAUGGCUUUUUACAGUAUUAUGUUUCAGGUUUGUUGCUGCAUCCCAUUACAUUUAUGACAUUUAUUAAAUUAAAUUAAACAAUUGUUAGAUUAAACAAAACUUGGAAAUAGCUAUGGGAGUGGUUGGUUGAGCGCCUGGCAUCUUAAGCUACAUAUAAAGUAUGUAAGUAAAGACUGACUGCUUAUGCUGCCUGUAUUGUUGGUUUCUUUGAAUUUAAUUUUGUGUGUCGUUAGAUGGCUUGAGCUGAAAGAUUUUUGGUUUUGCUGCUUACUCUUGUAGUAAAAACCUCAAUAUUUUCCUGUCUUAUUUUUAGCUACAUAGAGUUUUUAAAUUUCAUUUGAUCACUUUCAUAUUUACCCAGUGGCUCUUUAUCUUUCCAUAUUAAUUAGGUUCCUCAAUUUUUUUGUAGGCUUGGAAACAAUAAUUGACAUUUUAUCCCUUUAUACAUAGAGAAACACACACACUGUGAAAGGAAACAGCACAUUUCCCCCUUUCAAUUCCCUCAUUACUGAAUGCAUUUUUAUUAGUUAUUUAGCCAUCGCUAUGUCUUAGGAUUUUUUUUUUUUUUUUUUUUUUUUACCAAAUAGAUUAAUACUGAGAAAUCUCAAGUUUUCCAUCUAAGGGGUGGAAAUAACAUUUUGAGACUUGCUUUAAUUUCAUAAUCACUAUAUGCUUAUUUAUGAUUUUUAAUACUUGGCAAGGAAUAUUAAGGUCCUUAAAAUAUAAAGUGUGUGUGUGUGUGUGUGUGUGUGUGUGUGUGUGUGUGUACCAGUGCAUUAAAGUACUGUUUUGUGUCAGCUCAGGUGUUCACGAGAACAGGAGUGUGUAAUGCCAGCCCUUAAUUUCAAAUGCACUUUUAUGCUUAGUUUUUCUUACUGUUAAACUUUUACACUGAUAUGUAAAAUAAAAAGAAAUAACUUUUGAUUCUCUUUAUCUUUAUUAAUAAUAUUUGAAAUGCAGCUAUUUAACACAUGAUAUGGUUGUUACUGUGUUUUCAGAUAUUCAUUUACAAAAAAAAAAAAACGCCCACUUUUUAAAGCAGUGAAACAUUACUUGGUGGACUAGAGGGCCUAAUGAGCCAUCUUUUCAAUUAGGCAAGCAUUCUAACAAAGGAGCAGAUGGUCUAAAAGAGGAAUGAGCGUCUUUAUUUAACUUCUCCACAUGAAGUUCGAGCAUAGUCUAUCUUUUUAUUGAGUGAGGCAAAUUGAAAGGAAAUCUCUAACACCUUUUAUUGUCUGAAUAGAAAAAUGUAUCAAAAUGAACAGCCUGAAUCAGUCAUGAAAUAGCUAAAAACCCUUGUCGAGCAACCAUAACAGAGUAUGUAAAGUCCUUAAAAUUCUCUGUAAACCAAGGAAGAUGAAAGAAUAGCCUGACAAAUAACCUCCACUUUUUUCCCCCUCUAAAAUCCAGUUUUUCAUUACAAAUGGAAGUCAGGCAUGGUUACUCAUACAUGUAGCCCCAACACUUCGGAGAGCAAGUGAGGCAGGGGAAUUAUGGAUUUCAGCCUACCCUGGGUACCUGGUAAGAUUCUAUUCCAAAUACAAUAAAAAAAUAAAAACAAAAGUAGAGAGAACCAGGUUAUUCAAGCAGUUCUUGCAAAUCUUUAAUAAUCUGUAGACAUCACAGCCCUAAAUCUGGGUUCCCCUUUUGGUUUCAUUUCUAUAUGACAGAUACUUUCAUAUAAAUGGAAACAUUUUUUCCUCAAAGCAGUUAUUCGACAUGCUCCUUAUAUUAAGGAUUAUAUAACCACGUGUUUGUAAAUGCCCUCUGUGUAACUUUUUUCCUAUUAUAUGGUUCUUUUUCAGUUAAUUUGAUCUUCUGCUGGUGUAGGGGCCAAUAGAUUUGUGAAUAUUCUGUGGAUGUGUCCAUGUAUACGUGUAUAUAUAUAAAUGUAUAUAUUUUCCAUCUAAUACCUCAGAUGUGUGAUUGUUUAAUAAGUACCAUACUGUUUGCACAGCACAGGGCUUCCAUUAGUAGGUUCUUAUUUCAAAAUUUGAUCAUUAGUCAAUAGAAUUUUAUUGGUGUGAAAUCUUUCAGUUGAUCUCCAUGUUUUAAUGCACAUUCCUAUUGGAAGGCCCACAUGCCAUCUAAAAUGGUAUUUUUCUGAGUCUGGUAAUCCACAAGAGGUCCUUGAAAUGACCUGGUCUAAUAAGUUAUUAAAACUUGGGGUGACUGGUUGCUGAGAUGUGUCAUAACUGCAAAGAGGUGACAGGCACCUGAUGCAAGUGCCAGCAAGUCUUGCUGGUUUCACUGUAAGAUUAUGCUUAGCCUUUCCAGGGUAACGUUCACAUAGGAGUGGACUUUGAGUGACACCAUAGCCUUUCAUCAUUACCUUCAAAAUUAAUUGGUUUUGGGUUGGGUGACUACAGUAAGAAAGAGACAUUUGGUAUUUGUAAUUUUGUGCUUCAUCUUUGCUUUAUUUCUGGUCUUUAGAUUGCUGUGUAAGACCUUCCGUUUAAAGAUUUGGGUGUUGUUAUUGUUUUGUGUUUUAAGCUACAGGUAUUUUCCAAGGUGUGACAUAGGUUUUCAAGGUUUGGUGAGAUUUUAAUGGAAGCCUUGUGUGUGUAAAAUGAAGUGCUAUUGGUAAAGGCGAUCUCCGGUAGUGCAUUCAAGAUCACAUAAUUAGGUUUAAAAACAAAAGGUCUGAUUUGUAAAAAUUUAAUAUUAUAUCAGACUUAUGUAAGAUUUCGUGUGAGAACUCUUAAGCUGCUUUUGAUUUUUAAUGGAUGUUCUAAUGAAUGAUUUACAAAUUUUUGUCUCAGUCUCUGUAAUUUAUCUCAGCAUAUUAAUAAAAAGAAAGGAUGUUCUCACCAUAAAA